AUGCUGCGAAGUAAAACGAGAGCAACGACCAGUGGCUCUUCCAGUGGCUCGUCUCAUAGUAAAGCCAAGAAACAACGUUCAAUCCACGAGUUUUUUUCGCAACCAACAGUCCGAAGUACUAAAUUACGUAAAACACGACGAUCCCUUGAAGCUUCAGCUAAAAACAGCAGUUUUAACACUAUUCCAGCCAUUAAAAAAUACGACGACGAACCGAUACAGAAACGUAUUAAUUACGAUAUGAUGGAUGAAGAGAGUAGUGAAGAGCCAUUACUACAAUGUAUUAGUCAAAAUAGUGACUCAGGACGUCGUCCAAAGCCCAAGAAAAUCGACUUUACUGCUUGUUCCAGUAGUCAACGAAGUGAACCAGACUUGGAGCCAAUGCAUACACCUGUGCGCUUUGGUGUACCAUUAACGAAUCAAAGUUGUUAUACACCAAUGCAUCAGUAUAGUCAAGAUGAAAUGGACUUCCUUACACCUCGAGAUCAACCAGUUAUUCCCUUAUCAAAUCCAACAACACCAUCGCCAUUAAAGAAAAGACCGAGAUUAAAUAGUCAAGUUGAGUUGAUUCAAGAAGAACCGGUACAAAAUCUCACCCAGGACAUGACACAUAUGGAUGUACGACAUGUAAGAAAAGGACGGCCGUCAAGUCAGACGUCCAUCGACAUGGAAUCACCACAGAAAACAAGUGUAAACGUGGUAAUAAAUGCCAAGAGAGAAAGAGCCAACGGGUGUGAUACUGCUGGUUCGUUCUUGUCGGCGGAGAGUUAUGUGAACCCAUUUGCACCGGAGUCGAUGACGGAGUCAGGAAAGAAAAAGAUCUCCAGACGUAAACGAAGGUCUUUUCCGCCAACAUGGGUGGGAGCGACAAAUGGAUCACCUGUUGCCAAGUAUUUAUCAGAUUUCUCGGAGCUUGGGUUGAUUGGAUCAGGGUCGUUUUCAAAGGUGUACAAGUGUAUAAAAAAGAUUGAUGGUUGGGUGUACGCUGUGAAGAAGAGCAAACGUCAUUUUCGUGGCAAGGCUGACACUGAACGAGCUUUACGGGAAGUACAGGCACUUGCAGCACUAAGCAGUAGCAACCACGUAGUGCGAUAUUUUGACGCUUGGAUAGAAGACGACUUGCUGUACAUCCAGCUUGAAUAUCUAGAGGGGUGCUCAUUGGCUAGCUUUGUUAAAAAGUGCGCACCACAGAAGGUUCCAGAGGAGACGCUGUGCAAGCUCUUAUGCCAUCUUGCUCAGGCUUUAUUUGACAUGCACAAUAAGAAGAUGGUUCACAUGGACGUCAAGUUGCAAAAUGUCCUAGUUGGUCCAGAUGAAGUCUACAAGCUCGGCGACUUGGGAACUGUUGCUCACUUGGACGGCAGUAUGGAGAUUAGGGAGGGCGACAAUCGGUAUCUUAGUCGGGAACUGCUCGAAGGCAACAGAAACAAUUUACGCGCCGGUGAUAUCUUUGCUUUGGGAGCCACGAUCUAUGAGCUCGCGCUAGGGACGACGCUGGCCAGUGGCGGUGAAGAAUGGCAGAAGAUUCGUGACGGCGACCUUGUGAUGUUCCGACAAUACUCGAACUCGCUACAACACCUGAUUGCCAAUAUGAUGCACCCUGACGCGCUGCAGCGGCCUCUAGCCGAAGAUAUUUUGCAGCACGAGGUAGUAUUGCCCUUUCGUUAA